GGAGGCAGAAGAGAGAGACAAGCAGAGUGGAGGAUCAAGAGGCUAGUGAUUUGCCCAUAGACAGACACUAGCCAGUCUGAGAACCCCUGCCCCCCCCCCAGUCCUAUCUAUCCCAGUCAUUCUGACCUUUACUAGUUUGAGUGCUGGGAAGCCCAGCUGGAUGCAGGCAGCCUGGCUUUUGGGGGCCCUAGUGGUCCCUCAGCUUUUGGGUUUUGGCCAUGGAGCCCGGGGUCCUGGGAGGGACUGGGAGGGAGGCUGGGGAGGUGCCCUGGAGGAAGAGCGAAAGCGGGAGUCACUGAUGUUGAAGGAGGCCCUGGGGCUGCCCAUUGGGAUGGGAAGUAAUGACAGUCUUGCUGGAAAUUCUGAAGGCGAAGAGGUCUUGGGGACCAAGGAGACCCAAGGGGAAGAAGAGGAAGAGGAAACCACAUCACCUAUUUCCAGUUCCAACCCUUUCCCUAGCCCUUCUCCCACACCAGAGGACACCAUCAAUUACAUCUUGAGCCGCUUGUCUGGCCUGGAUGCAGGCCUACACCAAUUGCAUAUUCGUCUGCACACUUUGGACACCCGUGUGGUCCAGCUGACCCAGGGACUGCGGCAGCUGCGAGAUGCUACAAGUGAUUCCCACGACUCCGUGCAAGCCCUAAAGGAGGCACAGGUCCGGGCUGAGCAGGAGCACGGCCGCCUGGAGGGCUGUCUGAAGGGCAUGCGCCUGGGCCACAAGUGCUUCCUGCUCUCGCGGGACUUCGAGACCCAGGCGGCCGCGCAGGCGCGGUGCAAAGCGCGGGGCGGGAACCUAGCGCAGCCGGCAGACCGCCAGCAAAUGGAUGCACUAGGCCGGUACUUGCGCGCUUCGCUCGCCCCCUACAACUGGCCGGUGUGGCUGGGCGUGAACGACCGGCGCUCGGAAGGGCUCUACCUUUUCGAGAACGGCCAGCGCGUGUCCUUCUUCGCCUGGCACCGCGCGCCCAGCCCGGAGCCUGGCGCCCAUCCUAGCGCGGCAUCACAUCCACUCAGCCCGGAUCAGCCCAAUGGCGGCGUCCUGGAGAACUGCGUGGCGCAGGCCUCAGACGACGGUUCCUGGUGGGACCAUGACUGUGAGCGGCGCCUCUACUUCGUCUGCGAGUACCCUUUCUAGAGAGCCAGUCCUUGCCUCAGAGCUCUUAAGACACAUUCUGCUCCGUGUACCCUGCUGUCUGGAGUCGCUCAGAAGUUUACAAUAACCAUGAAUAAAUUUUAAUAAGAAAAGGCUUUAUAUUUUAGAUAUUGGCACCCAGGGUGGUUGAGGCCAGGUGUGCCCUUGAGAGAACUCCAAAGAUGCAGCCCCUAGCCAUAUCAGCCCUGAGCUUAUAAAGGCAAACUCCACAAGAUUACAUGUAGUCUGCCUACGUGUAGGGCAGGGGCUUAUUUGCAGUCGUCCUGGUCAUCUUUUGAGUAGACUAAGCAAGUUUGAUUACAAAAGCAGAAAUAGCAGUCUUACUAUCUUGCUAGAACAGCACAUUUUACAUGAUCGGUCACUUUAAGAAGAGUCUCACAUCUGGGGUCGGGAUAAGGGAAGUGGGCUGACAGGAGCUCAUCGUGUUAGAGGCACUCUUUGCUUUUGGUCUCUCAAACAGAGUAAGUCAAAACUUUUCAAUGUAAUGUUCACCACACCUACGUCGUGCGCCCUUAGCCCCACGCUUUAUGCCUUGCGCUUUGCACCCUAUAUAGUGCACCAUGCAUCUUGAACCUUCCUUGGGCCCCCCAAGUGCCACCAAUCCUGGAUGGUUGGGCUCCCCUGAGACAUAGCCUAUGCAACGUCCCCAUGUCCCCAUCUGUCCUCGAAGCUUCAAGCUGUCCUUGAAGCUAAACUCAGUGCCAAUAAACCCUUCUAUAAUAUAA